UCCAGAGCUGUGCAGACACAGUAAGCUCGGCUCUCCGUCUCAGGAUCGAUCGAGGAUUGUUCGACUAAACUUCAGAAAUAAAUACUUUAUUUAAAGAAAGAGGACAACGCGAGAUUUCAUCCUGAAGAUCUCCAGAGUCCGCGUUGUCACAUUCCUGAAGUUUCUUGAGACCGGAGGGGGAAAGCUUGCAGAGAGUUUUCACUGGAAAUGACUUCUCUGUGCCAGAGAGAGAGGGACGGAGGGAGCUGAGCUGAGGUCAAGGCCUUCCUCCUCUCCCCCGGCAGUCACAUGACAGUGUGAGACUAACACCGCUCUAAACCGACCUGAAUACUUGUGUACUCAGUGGGAGAAGAAACAGGCUGGAUCUGAGCUGAGAGAGGAAAACUUCAACUCCUGUCAGAUAAAGAAAUCGCCGCACAACAACCCUGCGAGAAGACAAAAAUGCCGGCCAAGACGCCGAUGUACUUAAAAACUACAACUCCCAAGAAGGGGAAGAAGAUGAAGCUCCGCGACGUCCUCUCGGGUGACAUGAUCAGCCCCCCGCUGGGCGACGUGCGUCACAGCGCCCACGUGGGGCCCGAGGGCGAGGGCGACAUGUUCGGCGACGUGGGCUUCCUGCAGGGCAAGAUGAACAUGCUGCCGACUCUGAGCCGCACGCACAACAACGGGCACACGCGCUCGCACAGCGUGGAGCGUCACCACGACGACGACUUCGGCUCGAAGGACGAGACGCACAGCUACGCCUACAACGGCUACCACUACCAGCACACCGCCACCGGCCUGCUGAAGACCACCAUCUCCAUGCCCGUGUUCAUCGCCCACGAGCAGGCUCCGCCCAAACCCCCCCGCCUCCACCUCGACGACCCCUCUCCUCCGUCUCUGCCCUCCAACCAAAACCACUUCGAGCCCGUCCCCCAGAGAGACACCAGCUGCAGGCAGACAAACGGCCACAGCCACGCGGACGAGCCGCACCCGACCCUGUCGCUCUUCCAGAACGGGGUGGUGGGUCGUUUGGCGUCGGAGCCCUGCAGAGACAUCUCCAUCUCGCCGACCCUCCGCAGGCUCGUCCCCUCCUCCGGCUCCUUCUCCGAGGCCUCCUCCGAGGACUCCAUGUCGGAAACCUGCGGGCCCCCGGACGUCCGCCGGGGCCUCAGUCUGGACUCCGACGCCGGCCUGAGCAAUGAGGAUCUGAGGAGCGACCGCAGCGACUCGCCCUGCACCACCCAACACCCGGCCGGUCUCACGGCGCCAACAGGCGUCUCCCGGUCUGACUCUCUGGCAGGGUUGAACCUGGACCUGGGCCCGUCCAUCAUGGAGGACGUCCUGAGUAUCAUGGAGCGCUACAAGAGUGAUGACAACCGCUGUGAGCUGUGAAGAACGGAGACACAAACGAGAUGCACAGAUAUUUUUUUAUACAUUUUAUUAAAGACACUUUGGGGGCGGGGUUGGGCGGGCGGAGGAGGGGGGGGGGGGAAUGACAGCUGAGGUUAAAGGACACUAAAAGACUUCAGGAAGAUAUGGAUGUUGAUGUUCAGCGCUGGGGCGUUGAUGGGCUGCAGGCCGGUCCUCAGGUCAUCACAGCUGAACUCACAAACUCUUAAACUGAGACAAAAAGAGACUUUACAGCAGCUACUGCACACCAAACUAUCUCUUCCCCCGACUCAUGCUGACAGUCCUCUGCUUGUUAAAUGUUUCUCACAGAUCCUGAUAUGAAUGUCUGCAGACUGAUAAAGAAGCAGCAGCUGUGAACAGAAGAACGUCACCUCUAACCGCAGCUACUAAUAAGUAACGUCUCGUAUCUUUGGAUGUUUGUUUCUGCAUUGAGAUAAAAAAAGAAA